AUGGAUUUUUCAACUCUCGAGGCUCGCUCCGAUUCAGGGAGCGGUCGGCCGGCUUCCUAUAAAGCCAUCGGUAUUUCUUUGGCUGUCGCAUCGGGCCUAUUCAUCGGUGUAUCGUUCGUACUCAAGAAGACGGGUCUGCUGAGGGCCAACGUCAAAUACAAUGAGGAAGCCGGCGAGGGGUACGGAUACCUGAAAAACUUCUACUGGUGGGCGGGUAUGACGCUGAUGAUAAUCGGGGAACUUUGCAACUUCGUCGCUUAUGCCUUCGUUGAUGCGAUUCUGGUCACUCCGCUGGGUGCGCUGUCGGUUGUGGUGACGACGAUCCUAUCUGCUAUCUUUCUCAAGGAACGGCUGAGUUUCGUCGUCGUCCGUAAGCAACAUCCAGGAAAUGCAGAAAUAUGUUAUCACUCCCGGGUUUUGUCGUACGCCGGCGUUAUCAUCGUGGGUAGCAUUAUCACGGCUGUGUGGGCUGGGCCUCGAUACGGAAAGAAGAGCAUGUUCGUCUACAUUAGUAUCUGCAGUUCUAUCGGUGGGUUAAGCGUAGUCGCUACACAGGGACUGGGCUCGGCCAUUUUGGCACAGAUAAACGGGGAAUCGCAGUUCAAGCAUUGGUUUCUCUACGUCUUGUUUGCGUUCGUCGUGGCGACUUUAUUGACAGAAAUCAUUUAUCUCAAUAAAGCGUUGAACAUCUUCAAUGCCGCCCUAGUCACCCCCACCUAUUACGUCUUUUUCACCAGCGCCACGAUUAUCACUUCAGCAAUCCUCUUCCAAGGCUUCAAAGGGACCGGUAUGCAGAUCGCUACAGUCAUCAUGGGCUUUUUGCAGAUCUGCGCCGGUGUCGUCCUCUUGCAGCUCUCCAAGUCCGCCAAAGACGUCCCCGACUCUGCUGUCUUCAAAGGCGACCUGGACCAGAUCCGUGAGGUGGCCACACAGGAAGAACCAGAAACUGAGCCCAAGGCCGAUUCUAUCCGUGGUACUGCCGCUAUUAUUCGUAGGAUAUCGACACCACGCCGUACGAUGGAGGCAGAGGAGGCACGACGCUAUUUAAGAGAACGACAAGAAGAUAAGCUACACCCGCCUGCAGAGAACGAGAUCAUCGAGUGGGAUGGAUUGCGCCGGCGCAAGACUGUCCUCGGUGAAGGACCAACGAUGACCCGGAGCGCAACUCGCACACCGUCAGUUAAGAGACCGCUUCCCCCAUUGGGAAUGUCCCGGUUUCCAGAUGAAUCAGAGCGCCCCAAUACCAGGCAAAGCGGUCAUUCUUUCUUAGAUGAGAUACGAAUGCGGUCACCGAGUCAUUCGUGGCAGCCAAUCCGAGACCAUGAUCCUAGUCAACCGGCGGCUUUGGCGCCUAUGUCAUCAAUCCAUAGCAGAAACGUCGACACAAGUUAUCCCGGACCACCUCGAAGUGACACAUCUCAUUCUAUAACAUGGGCAGACGAACCUCCUGAACCUCCGGUACAUGGUUCUAAACGCCAAUUUUCAUUCCAUGCUUUCCACCGACCCAAGUUUGAAAUGCCUAAGUCUCCUCGGGGCAUCUUGCGGAAGGGCCAUGAGCGUAAACCCACGGAAGAGGAACGUUUAGGGCUGGUUCGAGGAGACUCAAGGGACGAUACUGGUGAGAAACUGGAUCGUACAUAUUCAAAUGAUAGUAUGGAGGACGAAUUGCCAUUAGGUGCACAUACGUUUGCCGCAGCGCCGCCAUACGAAGAACAUCACUUCCACCCAGUCGAGGCUAGCCCACCGCGACCGUCCCGGCUUAUACGGAACCCCCUGCCGCCAUUGCCGGACGAACCGCCUCUAGAGCCCUACACUCAGGUCGAGCUUGGUUUGCCUAGCCACCGCCGCAUGUCUGACGCAAGCGCAGGGUCGCUGUCAUCAGGCCCAAGCAGGGGUUGGGAGGGAGGAUGGCGACGGCCUUCGAGCGAUGGUGAGACAAGGGGUGGGCCAAAAGGCGCUCUUACGUAG